AUGCUGACCGUCGUGCGUCGCUUCUCGCGUUCUGCCACUUGCUCCAAGCAAAUAUUCAUCGGACACAACAAUAUUGACGUCGUCACGAAUGUGCAGGAUCGCGAGAACGACGCAUUCUGGAAGGCGGUAUGACGGGCUCCUCAGUCUCUUUUUACGAUGUUUCGCUCUCAGGUCGGAUCGAAUCGGACCGACUUGAAAUCAACGGAUCUGAAGAAGUUCAAAGAGGCUUGGGGACCGGAUUUCCUGCAGACGAUGACAUUUCUGAAGGACACUGACAGACUGGUCUCAUCGAAUGCUCACACCGUCUACCGUCCGUUGGAGUCGGAGAAGAAGAAGGGAAACGAUGAGAAUGUGACGUUCAUGGGACACUUUUGGGUGUGUCCGGACGUGCGUGGCAAGCAGAUACUCGAGAUCAACUCCCAACAGUGCUACGACGUCGGAUGCGGCGUCGGCAAGUCGAUGGCCUGCUGCACGAAGGCGUCGGAGAAGUGGGCCUCCCGGCUGACCGGAUUGGACGGAGGGCAGGAAUAUCUCAUGAAGUACUACAUAUCUCACUACGAUUUUGCGGACUUGCGCAUUCCGAAACACUUGAAAUUUGAUAAUAUCACUGUGAAAGUGAGCAGUUUAAUUGUAUUUAUGAUAAACACGUUCAUCUUCGUCUUCCAGAAUGCUCGCGACGUCCCGGACAACGACAUUCUGAACUACGACGCCAAUUGCUUCAAAUACGAGAGAUCCAAGUACAUUUUGGGGCAAUUGAGGGACGAUUUCGGAAGAGUCGCCUACGACAAGAACGGAGAAGUGAUCGGAUUCGGGGCCGUGUCGGUGUACCCCUCCGGCGAGUGCGUGAUCACUCCGAUGUACGCCGAUGAGAAGAGAGUUGCUCAGGCGAUUCUGAAGAAUAUUCUGGAGGAAAUGACGCUGAAUCCGGACAAAUACUGGCGAUUGCAAGUCCGCUCGAACGACUAUUUUGACGACAGUUAUGGGUAUGAAAUGAGGGGAUGGAUAAUAGAGAAGGGAGUGGUUUCAGAUGGAUCCGUCCGUUCGUGAAGACGAUGACGCAUCGGAACGAGCUGUGCAAACUGUUCUCUGAUCAUAAACUCGUCGGAAUGGACUUUUCGAAAGUGUUCUGCAACUUCCAUCCGACCAAUUGUCCCAUGUGA